AUUUUGGGGGGAGCCAGCGAGACAGCUCCUUUUGGGGCGCGCUGGUUGGGUUAACGGCAUGGAGAACAGUCACCCCCCCCACCACCACCACCAGCAGCCCCCGCCGCAGCCCGGCCCUUCGGGCGAGAGGAGGAACCACCACUGGAGAAGUUACAAGUUGAUGAUUGACCCGGCUCUGAAAAAGGGGCAUCAUAAACUAUACCGCUACGAUGGGCAGCAUUUCAGCUUGGCGAUGUCCAGCAACCGCCCGGUGGAAAUUGUUGAAGAUCCCCGGGUCGUUGGGAUCUGGACCAAAAACAAGGAGCUGGAGCUGUCGGUGCCCAAAUUCAAAAUCGAUGAGUUCUACGUGGGCCCGGUGCCUCCGAAGCAGGUGACAUUUGCCAAGCUGAAUGAUAACAUCCGCGAAAACUUCCUGAGGGACAUGUGCAAGAAGUAUGGGGAGGUGGAGGAGGUGGAGAUUUUGUACAACCCUAAGACCAAGAAGCACCUGGGCAUUGCCAAGGUGGUCUUUGCCACGGUCAGGGGAGCGAAGGAGGCCGUUCAGCACUUGCAUAGCACUUCGGUGAUGGGCAACAUUAUCCACGUGGAGCUGGACACCAAAGGGGAAACCCGCAUGCGGUUCUAUGAACUGUUGGUCACAGGCCGAUACACCCCUCAGACUCUCCCAGUAGGCGAGCUGGAUGCCAUCUCUCCAAUUGUGAACGAGACUCUGCAGCUGUCAGAUGCCCUGAAACGCCUCAAGGAUGGUGGUCUGUCUGCAGGCUGUGGCUCUGGCUCCUCCUCUGUCACGCCCAAUAGUGGUGGGACACCCUUCUCCCAGGACACUGCUUAUUCCAGCUGCCGUCUGGACACACCCAACUCCUAUGGACAGGGCACCCCACUCACGCCACGCCUAGGCACCCCCUUCUCACAGGACUCUAGCUACUCCAGCCGCCAGCCCACACCCUCCUACCUCUUCAGCCAGGACCCCACAGCAACUUUCAAGACCCGACGGCAUGAAAGCAAGUUCACGGAUGCCUACAACCGUCGCCAUGAACAUCAUUAUGUCCACAAUUCUCCGGCAGUCACUGCAGUGGCUGGGGCCACGGCUGCCUUCCGGGGCUCCACAGACCUCCCCUUUGGGGCAGUCAGCAGCAGUGGGGGCAGCAGUGGCCCUCCCUUCAAAGCCCAACCACAGGAUCCGGCCACGUUUGCCCACACUCCACCACCUGUGCAAGCUACCCCCACGCCUGGGUUCAAGUCGGCUUUCUCUCCAUAUCAGACCCCAGCGCCCCCCUUUGCCCUGCCUCCCGAGGAGCCCACUGCCACAGCCACCUUUGGGACCCGUGACAGUGGGGAGUUCCGGAGGGCACCUGCACCCCCACCCCUGCCGCCUACUGAGCCUCUGGCCAAGGAGAAGCCAGGCACACCACCUGGCCCACCACCCCCUGACACCAACAGCAUGGAGCUGGGUGGCCGGCCAACCUUUGGCUGGAGUCCUGAACCCUGUGACAGCCCAGGCACACCCACACUGGAGUCGUCACCUGCAGGGCCAGAGAAGCCCCACGACAGCCUGGACUCUCGCAUUGAGAUGCUGCUGAAGGAGCAGCGCACCAAGCUGCCCUUCCUACGAGAGCAGGACUCGGACACUGAGCUGCAGAUGGAGGGCAGCCCCAUCUCCUCCUCUUCCUCCCAGCUUUCCCCACUGGCCCCCUUUGGCACCAACUCCCAGCUGGGUUUCAGAGGCCCCUCACCCCCGUCCUCGCGCCACUCCAGCACUGGCCUGGAGGACAUCAGCCCUACACCACUGCCUGACUCCGAUGAGGAUGAUGAGCUUGACCUGGGCCUCGGGCCUCGGCCUCCACCUGAGCCAGGCCCUCCGGACCCUACUGGUUUUCUGGGCCAGACCGCUGAAGUGGCCUUGGACCUAUCCGGAGACAGGACCCCAAUCUCAGAGAAGAUGGAUGAGGGCCAUCAGUCCUCGGGUGAGGACAUGGAGAUCUCCGAUGAUGAGAUGCCCUCAGCCCCCAUCACCAGCGCUGACUGCCCCAAGCCCAUGGUGGUGACCCCAGGCUCGGCAGCUGUGGCAGCCCCUUCUGUGCUGGCCCCAACCCUGCCGCUGCCCCCACCACCUGGCUUCCCACCACUACCCCCCCCCACCCCCCACCCCCCCCCACCACUACCCCCACCCCCCCCCCCACCACCACCCCCACCACCUCCAGCCCACCCCUCUGUGACAGUGCCCCCACCACCCCUGCCGGGACCACCAGGUGUCCCACCUCCACCCAUCCUGCCACCGUUACCUCCCUUCCCGCCAGGGCUAUUUCCCGUAAUGCAGGUAGACAUGAGCCAUGUGCUGGGUGGCCAGUGGGGCAGCAUGCCCAUGUCCUUCCAGAUGCAAACACAGAUGCUGAGCCGUCUGAUGACAGGCCAGGGCGCUUGCCCUUACCCACCCUUCAUGGCUGCUGCUGCUGCUGCUGCCUCAGCAGGGCUUCAGUUUGUUAACCUGCCACCCUACCGGGGUCCCUUUUCCCUGAAUAAUAGUGGUCCAGGCCGCGGGCAGCACUGGCCACCCCUGCCCAAGUUUGACCCAUCAGUACCACCACCAGGAUAUAUGCCCCGUCAGGAGGACCCACACAAGGCCACAGUGGAUGGUGUCCUGCUGGUGGUACUCAAAGAGCUCAAGGCCAUCAUGAAGCGUGACCUGAACCGCAAGAUGGUAGAAGUGGUGGCCUUCCGGGCCUUUGACGAGUGGUGGGACAAGAAGGAGCGGAUGGCCAAGGCUUCGCUGACCCCUGUGAAGUCAGGCGAGCACAAGGAUGAGGACAGGCCAAAGCCCAAGGACCGAAUUGCCUCAUGCCUUUUGGAAUCAUGGGGCAAAGGUGAGGGCCUGGGCUAUGAGGGCCUAGGUCUGGGCAUUGGGCUGCGUGGGGCCAUUCGCCUGCCCUCCUUCAAGGUCAAGAGGAAAGAGCCACCUGACACAGCCUCAUCUGGUGACCAGAAGCGGCUGAGGCCUUCAACCUCCGUGGAUGAGGAAGAUGAAGAGUCAGAGCGGGAGCGGGACCGGGAUGUGGCAGAUGCCCCCUGCGAGCUGGCCAAACGGGACCCCAAAGGUGUGGGAGUGCGGCGACGACCAGCACGGCCCCUGGAGCUGGACAGUGGUGGGGAGGAGGACGAAAAAGAAUCCUUGUCAGUAUCCUCGUCCUCAUCAGCGUCUUCCUCAUCGGGGUCCUCCACCACCUCACCCUCAUCCUCGACCUCUGACAAGGAGGAGGAGCGGGAAAGCACAGAGGAGGAAGAGGAGGAGGAAGCUGAAGAAGAAGAGGAAGAGGAGGAAGACGGCCCCAGGAGCCAAGUCUCCUCCUCCUCAACCUCAUCCACAUCAGAUAAGGAUGAAGAUGAUGAGGACAGUGAUAACCAGGAUGAGUCUGAGAAUGAUGAUGAAGACACAGCCCUGUCAGAAGCGAGUGAAAAGGAAGAUGGGGACUCAGAUGGAGAGACUGUGAGCAUUGCAACCUGCAAGGCUGAAGCUGCAUCCUCUAGCGAGAGUUCUGAGUCUUCCGAGUUUGAAUCAAGCUCUGAGUCCUCCUCUGAGUCCUCAGAGGAUGAAGAGGAGGUGGUGGCAAGGGAGGAGGAGGAGGAAGAGGAGGAAGAGGAGGAGGCUAUGGUGAUGGCUAAUGAGAGUGCAGCUCCUGCAGCCCCUGAGGACUUUGAGGAGGAUGGGAAGGAAACAUCUCUGGCCCCAGUGGUACCUCCCAGGAUGGACUCGCUGGGCAUGGAACAGGAGUUGGACAUUGAGGCUGAGGCCCCCAAGGAGCUGACCCCCACGCUGGAGGAGCACCCCUUGCCUGUGGAUGUUGAAGAGCCUGCAGGCUGCAAGGAGCCCCCUGAGGAGCCAGGCCUGAACCAGGAAGGGGCUGUGAUGUUGUCCCCAGAGCCCCCUGCCAGGGAGGUGGAGGCCCGGCCCCCAUCACCCUCUGAGCAAGCUCCAGAGGAUGACCUGGAACCAGAGCCUGAGCCUCCUACAAUGCUCCCGUUGCCACUACAGCCACCAUUGCCACCCCCCCGGCCUCCCCGGCCACCUAGCCCACCGCCAGAGCCUGAGAUCGUAGAGCCCCCUCACACAUCCGUCCCUCUGGAACCUCCUGCUGAGGACCAGCCCCCACGUACUCCAGGCCUCUGUGGCAGCUUGGCCAAGUCCCAGAGCACAGAGACGGUGCCGGCCACGCCAGGUGGAGAGCCCCCACUAUCGGGAGGCAGCAGUGGCCUGUCACUGAGCUCCCCACAGGUGCCUGGUAGCCCCUUCUCCUACCCUGCCCAGUCCCCUGGCUUCAGCAGCGGGGGCCUCCCACGGACACCUGGCCGGGACUUCAGCUUCACACCCACCUUCCCUGAGUCCGGCGGGCCCCUGCUGCUGCCUGUCUGCCCUCUCCCCGCUGGCCGGCGUGAUGAGCGUGCGGGGCCCCUGGCCUCCCCGGUGCUCCUGGAAACGGGCCUGCCUCUCUCUCUCCCUCUCCCUCUGCCUCUGCCCCUGGCAUUACCAGUGCCCGUCCUUCGGGCUCAGACUCGGGCCCCUACCCAGCUGCCACCCCUGCUGCCUGCCACCCUGGCCCCUUGCCCGCCCACCAUGAAGAGGAAGCCGGGCCGGCCCCGGCGCUCCCCGCCCUCUGUGCUCUCCUUGGACGGGCCCUUGGUCCGGCCACCAGCAGGAGCUGCCCUUGGAAGGGACCUCCUGCUCCUGCCAGGCCAACCACAGGCCCCCGUCUUCCCCGGUACCCAUGAUCCACGGACAGUGACCCUGGACUUUCGGAACGCAGGAAUUCCAGCACCCCCACCACCCCUUCCCCCCCAGCCACCCCCACCCCCACCUCCACCACCUGUGGAGCCCGCCAAACUGCCCUUCAAGGAGCUAGACAACCAGUGGCCCUCUGAGGCCAUCCCACCAGGCCCCCGUGGGCGUGAGGAGAUCACAGAGGAAUACAUGGAGCUGACCAAGGUGCGAGGGCCCUGGCGCCGGCCACCUAAAAAGCGCCAUGAGGACUUGGUAGCAGCUUCAGCCUCCCCAGAGCUCUCACCCCCGCAGCCCUUCUUCCGACCCCGCUCAGAGUUUGAGGAGAUGACCAUCUUGUAUGACAUCUGGAAUGGUGGCAUUGAUGAGGAGGAUAUUCGCUUUCUGUGUGUCACCUAUGAGCGGCUACUGCAACAGGACAAUGGCAUGGACUGGCUCAAUGACACACUCUGGGUCUAUCAUCCUUCUACCAGCCUCUCUUCAGCUAAGAAAAAGAAGCGGGAUGAUGGCAUCCGUGAGCAUGUGACAGGUUGUGCGCGCAGCGAGGGCUUCUACACCAUUGACAAGAAGGACAAGCUUAGAUACCUCAACAGCAGCCGCGCCAGCACUGAUGAGCCUCCUGCAGACACCCAGGGCAUGAGCAUCCCGGCCCAGCCCCAUGCCUCCACUCGGGCUGGCUCAGAGCGGCGUUCAGAGCAGCGCCGCUUGCUGUCCUCCUUCACUGGCAGCUGUGACAGUGACCUGCUCAAGUUCAACCAGCUCAAGUUCCGGAAGAAAAAGCUCAAAUUCUGCAAGAGCCACAUUCACGACUGGGGCCUGUUUGCCAUGGAGCCCAUUGCAGCCGAUGAGAUGGUCAUCGAAUAUGUGGGCCAGAACAUCCGCCAGGUGAUUGCGGACAUGCGGGAGAAACGUUAUGAGGAUGAGGGCAUCGGUAGCAGCUACAUGUUCCGGGUGGACCAUGACACCAUCAUUGACGCCACCAAGUGCGGCAACUUCGCUCGCUUCAUUAACCACAGCUGCAAUCCUAACUGCUAUGCCAAGGUGAUCACGGUGGAGUCACAGAAGAAGAUUGUCAUCUACUCGAAGCAGCACAUCAAUGUGAACGAGGAGAUCACCUAUGACUACAAGUUCCCCAUUGAAGACGUCAAGAUCCCCUGCCUCUGUGGCUCAGAGAACUGCCGGGGGACCCUCAACUAGGCCCCGAUGCCAAAAUCAAUGGACGUCAGCUGCCGCCCGGGGCCCGGCCCCACCUCCCACCCCCAUUUCAGGUGCUGUCCUCUGCCCAGCGGCCAUGUCAGGGCCUGGCGCCCCCCAACACUACCCCCAGGACCCCCGCGGCUCCAACUCCCAGCGGGAAAGGGCUUCUCUGUCAUUCAGCUCAUGUCUCUUUCAUUUUUUAAAAAGUGCUCCUUUCAGGAUUUUUGUUUAACUCCAACGUUAAACUUCUCUCUGCCUCUCUGGCUCUCUCCUCCUGUCUCCAUCUCUCUCUGCC